UUUUCAACAUCCUAUGGAAAAAUACAUCAAAUUUCUAUGAUCUCCAUGAUUGUGUUUACAUGUAAGACGUAAAUAAUCUGUAAAGUGACCUCUGAGAAUCUCGCGAGUACGAUUUGAGUCAUUCCUACAACAGUACAGUAUUUUCGGAGCCGCGAAUGCAACACGGCGCGCGGCACGGUGUAAAUAAAAUGUGUAAAUUUAAUAGAACUAACGCUUCAAUUCGACAAGAAAUCUGUGUGCAAUAAGGGACGAUAACGAGCGGAUUUGGGAAAAUAGAUAUGAUGUCGCAGAACGAUACGAGCGACGAUGAAACCGACCUGCAAACGCCACGGCUGUUCCUCAACCCGCCGAUUUCUCACAGCGGCCGCAACAAUUCAGUUAUUCGCAGUCCGAUCAGUCCCACCUCCUCUGUUUCGAGUUCCGUGAUAUUCGGACAGAUCCCCGACGAGGUGCUUCGCGCCUGGAGUCAGCUGCCAGAGGCGAUCCGCUUGGAUCCGAGUUUGGCGGUCUUUCAGAGGGAAUAUGAUCGAAUAAGAGAAACGAGAUCUCCGGACUACAUGAAGAGAGACUGCCUGGUUGUGAAUAUGUCUCUCGGGACACGGCCCGUGAUACCAACCAGUACUCACAAUCAGAGCAAUGCCGACGAAGACGGGCAGGACGUGCAAACGCAGGAGAAGCAGAAGCCACUUUGCCGCUACAUCAAGUUAAUCGCCCUCUCCUGCUGUUGGCUACUAUUCACAGUAAGAAAUCAUAGGACCAAUGUCAAUUGGCAAAUCUCACGUCGUUUCACAUUGCAGGUGAUACUGAUGUUCAAGAACGAAAAGACCGAGAUGAUGCAUCAGCUUUCCGUGUCCAGUGGAGAAAGUAAGAGUAUCCUUCUAGUCGAUCGGGAAAAUUCGAACUGUGAAUUUUCGUUUAUUUUGAGCGAGAUGAGAUUCAAGAGAAACAAAAUUUCGUAAAUCAUAUAUAUAAUAUAGUAUCAACUGGAUACUUUCAUUUCCUUAAUUAUAAUAUAGAUUACCGAAUCAACGAGCACGUUAUGAGCAAGUUGAUCAGCGUGACGAUGGAAGGACCAUUGCUACCGU